CUCUCCACUGUUAGACUUGGCCUUACUUCUUGCGUUUAUGUUCAUCGAAACCAAAUCGAGAUAUAACUGUUUUUUACGUUACAUCUAUUGUGUUUUUAAAGAUUUCCUCCGCGAGUUUUUGUGGCUAGAGUUUCCUCUGGUACUGUGAAGAGUUGUGCUGUGCUGUAUCGGUCAUGUGUGCUUUCAAUCGGAUGGAUUCUUUAUAUAAGAAGGCAAAGAAAUCGACGAAGCCGUUAAACGUAUUUCCAUAAAUAAAUCGUUCGUUUAAAAAUGUGCACUUUUAAAAAUUGAAGUUCGCAUUGCCGCCGUCUGUGGUUCUCCUCAGUUGGGUUGAUACACACCUAUGAUUUCACAACGUCUACUUUGAUCUACGGACUACCUACCUAACGGAUAUCUUAUCUUUUAUGUUAAAGGUUUGACCCGAACAAAAUGGAAAAAGAUGCGAAACAGCCCCCAGACAAUAACAACCGGCAACAACCAACUCUCGGAUCUACCAUACCUCAACAGGUUUAUCAACCCAAUACUACUCUCCCACAUUAUUAUCCAAAGAGUCAUCAGCAUCAACCUCAGCCUCCGUUUCUUCUAAACAUAUCUCCAGGUCAACAAAUGCUCCACGCUACUGCACAUAGACACUUCCAGUACUACCCGCAAUAUGCUGCGCAGCAAGGUGAUAGUUCAGUUCACAUUCACCGGCACGUACCUUGGACAAAUAACCAGCCCUUUACUCCUGCUACAAAUAAAGAGCCAACUCCUGCACAGAAACAGGUGGAGCAGAAAGAAAACGCGAAAGAGAGCACCUCAAGGGCUUCUAAACAGAAAGUUAAAGAAGGGGAGAAGAAACAGCUGAGGAGUCCAUCAGCUAGAAGACCACCAGAUGCUCGCGUGACUAUGCAAGGAUGGUUACAUAAACAAGGCUCUGAAGGGCUUAUGCUAUGGAAAAAACGCUGGUUUGUGCUGUCCGAAUAUUGCUUAUUUUACUAUAAAGGUUCUUCUGAAGAUAAACUACUUGGUUCUAUCUUACUUCCCUCAUAUAAAGUAUCUAUAUGUGGCCCAGAAGAUAAAGUCAACAAAAAGUUUGCUUUUAAGUGUGAACACGUUAAUAUGAGAACUUACAUAUUAGCGGCUGAUUCACAAGAGCUGAUGCUACGAUGGAUUCACGUAUUAAAUUUAGCCUGCAACCUCCAAAGUAAUACUGACGUGGACCAAUGCAGAGACUCGCAAACAGCGGGCAAGCAAACAAACCCCCAUGCUGUUUAUGUUAAUAAGCCUAAUAACGGGAAUAGAGGUUCCCUUCACACCCAUACCUCUAGUAACAUGACCGAUUUGAGUAAUUCUAGUCAACAAGAACUCAGUCAGUACAAUCAGCCACUGUACGUCAAUGCUCCUCCCAAACCUCGUAGAUUAACAGAUGGCUUUAGUUCUCCUACACCUGAUUCAGACACUUUCGGUUUGCAACAUGGAACGAGAGCUAUUGCUAAAUCACCACUCUUCGUUUACGACAAGCAAUUACAUUCCCAUCAACAAAUUGCUCAGCCAGAAUGUGUUCAUAUAUAUAAUGAACGUCCAAGUCUUCCUCAAAAUGUUGAUAGGAGAACUCCAGACUCAUAUGGCAGGUCUAAAUUUAUGAGAUCUCGCAACCCAAUCGAUUAUGAAGAUAUCUACUCUGAACAAGCUAUGUAUAAAAGACCGUUGAGUCCUGUUGUUGCCAACGAUGUUCUUAGGAAAGGGUAUCCGCCGAAUGCAAACUGUGUUUACAAAGGAUAUGCUCCGCACAGCGAGUUUAAACAGAGAGAAAUUUUUCGCUACGAUCCGCAGAAAGUAAAAGCUGCUGGUCUUCCCAUAUCCAGGCCUCACAGUGCCGAUUUUCUAGAAUAUAAGGGGAAUCAAAAUGAAUGUGAUGAAAGUCCUGUGGCACUAAUACAAGCGAGGCCUAAGUCAAGUCUAGAUAUUAAUAUGUAUUCAGAUGAAAAAAAUUCGCACGUGUGUAACGAAUUUACUCAACCUUCCAGACAAUCUAAUCCGAGCAAGAACGACAGUGAUAAUUACUUCUACAGUCAAGAACGAUAUGCUGAAAAUAUGCGCAAGUCAGCGCAAUAUCUUCAGAAGUUGCCUAUCAAAUACCAACCUAUAGACCCGCACCAGCAGAGGCAUGAAGAACGUUAUAAUAUGAAUUCUCCUAAUAACCUUUCUGCUCCACAUGAUCUCAGAUACAAUCCUCAACCCGCUCAAAGCCGCAGCGUUCUCAGUGAUGGCACGCUUCUCUGUUCUCAUGAUAUUGAUGAUGGAUCUUACAGGGGUGACUUUUCAGUGAAGAUGGAGCAACACUGCCACCAUAAUUUUCUGAGUCCAAAUCAAGAGCAGUUCAUUAGAUCCGCCAGUGCUAGACUAGCCCAAGCUCACGAAGAUUCAAUGCUGGAAGAAAAAAUGCUGAGCAUAGAAGGAGAAAGAAAGAGAGAAGAAUCGAUGAAGAGACUUCUGGAAUGGAAGCAAAGAAUGUUGCAAUCACCCCUGAACAGGAAAGUGCAAGGGCACAGGGCGACAAAAGAACAGAGCUACAUGGCCGAAGGCAGUCACCACAGUAUUGAAAAGAAACAGAAGAGGCCUAAUUUAAAUAGCAGAAAACCUGCCCACCAUUUGGUGCAGUACAACAGUUACUCCUCCGAUGACGAAGAGAAUGGGGAGAGAAGCAAGACAAGUAUGCACUCACAGGCAGGAUGGACCGUGGACACAUUUCUGAAUAACUCUGAUUCACUUACACAUGCACAUGCCAGUCUUACCACCGCUCCUAGAGAACCUGAUGUGCCUGCACAAUCUUCUGAGCCAGAAUCAAAGCAUGCACCUAAAUUUAAUGAAAGUAUUGAUAGAGACAGUCCGCAUCUCACUGAAAUUAGUAGCAAUGGCGCUUUGGUGAAAGCUAUUCUGUCUGAAUUUCAAAGUCCAACGAGUGAAUAUAGCUUUGAAGACACGAAAUUCGAAUUUGAAGAGAAUUAUAUGCCGAUGUCCCCUAAGUCCAGUAUUCUGCAGCAAAAAAGUGACACGAAUAGCGACGUUACAGUCAUAUUCAACGAGCCGGAUGAAAAUCAUUACGUGGAAAUGACCCAAAGCAUAAAUAAUCUUUUUGUUACAUCCACCAGCCCGUUAGACUCAAAUGAGCAGCAGCAGUAUGAAAUUGUUUGUUUUGGAGAGGAAAACCUUGAACCUGUUUAUAUGGAACUCAGAGUUUCCAAAAAUCAAAACGCUACAGGUGACGACUUGCCCGAUAUUAUCAUUUCCCCUAAAGAAACGUCAAAUAAGAGCACCAAGUCAGACAGCUCAGAUGCUGAUGAUGAAGCUUCUAAAGAUUUGGAUUCAUUUGAUAAUCAAAACCAACCGAGAUUUAGUUUAUCAGAUACUUUUAGACCUGCCUCUUAUUACCUUGGCGCCAGUAAGGCUGCUACAGAAUUACAGGAUAGCUCAGAUAGUGAAUUAGUGUCGCCUCCACCUAUACCUACGUCCUCCCCACCACCAGACGAUGACGAAUACCUUUCAGGUAAAGACAUCAGGAAAACUCAAGGGGAAAGCGAAAUGAAUCUAGGAACGUGUCAUAGCCCUGAGCAAUAUUACCCCAAGAGCAGACAAACUGAUAACAAAGACUGCAAGUCUGAUAUUUCUAGCAACCAGUCUCUGACAUGCGAAUCGGCCAGAGGUAGUAAAAUGUCAAUUUCGAUGGACUCUUCAUCGCAAAUUGACUUAGUGGGUAUAAACAAUAUUUGUUUAUCCGACACUAGCCUUAAAAUGGAUAACUCCCAACAGCUCGAUGAUACCAAGCAUGGCAUGAGGCAUGCUUAUGAAAAUUUUGUCCUAGCCAAGCAUGUAUGCCAAGGAAGCAAUAGUGACAUCAAAAAAGCUGCCAUUUCAGUUGCUGGGGCUGACGAAUCUCUCGUAGUAAAUAGGCCGGCAAGCGCAUCAUCUAUAUCAGCAGAAGUUUGCAGUUUACUAGUUAACUCAAAUAGAUCGACUCCCGUUAAUAAUAAUGACAAACAUUUGAAUAUUCAACAUUUUCAAAUAGCACCCUACUAUUAUUCCGAUAUUUCAGGCAAUUCGUCCGCUUUUGAUUGUGCUUCCGCAUUUACUUUAAAUAAUCAAAGGGAAAGUGUGAACGGGAGCAAAAGGGAUAUUAGCCAUAUUAUAAACCCUAUCAAAUGCAAUGAUACCGAACAGUGUAAUGUGCCAGAAGAUCAUUCUGAGACUUUGGCUGCGGAAGCUCGCUCGGUGUCCGCAGAGUUUCUCAAUUUGACGGAUAAAUCCGAUAAUAUUGACAAAAAAAACUUGUACGAGUCUGAUACUUUGAAAAGGCAGAAGCAAGCAAACUCUCCGACGAUAAGCAUGCUUCCCGAAGAAAGAAACUUCUACCCUCAUAGGAAGGGAAACAAAUUUGAACUAAUUGAAGCCAGCGUGCGUAAGUCCUAUUCAUUAGAAGGUCUCUUGGAGAACGUUUUAAAUGAAACCGCUACUUCUGAAACUGACCCCAGUGCUCCAGUGGUAUCGCAAGACAGUUAUGUUUGGGAAGAAGAUCGUGUUUGGCGCGAAAGGUUGAGGCUAGUAAGUCAGAGGCAUACUAAAUCUAUGGACGAUCUCGAUUCCAUAGACGUAGACACGGAAACUGAGCACAAAAAAAGUACCCGCGGAAUAUCUAGGGACGUAACUUACGUGAAUGACAUCCUCUUCAAACAAGACAAAGCUCAUAGAGGAUCGACUAGUAAGAAGCAAACGAGAAACAACAAAACCGAACUAAAGAAGAAAGGAAGUUUUUUGAUCGACAGAGAGACUUUGAGGCAGUGGGACUUGUUGUCUAGCGCGCCAUCUGAUGAUCAGAUUGAAGGUAAGGCCACGCAGGUGUCUCCAGGGAACGCGGUGGGGGAUUUAGGUGAAGGUACUUGCGAAAUGGGAGAGAAUGGCAACUCAGAGCAAACAGCUUCUGGAUCGAUAUCCAUUAAUACAAGAGCAGCCUCCAUAUCGCACAGAGAUACGUUUCCCAGAGCUGCAUCUGCCAAGAGACAAUGGGAGCUAAAUUUUCAAAAUCCCCAGGCUCGUUCUAUAACUGAGCUAGAUCAAUGUUUCAAUAAAUACAGCGUCUCUUCAAGGUUGAACCACUCUUCAAAAUUCUAUGGUAUCAGUGGGGAAGAUUCGAGAGUGUCCGAAAACGAUUUGACAACAAAUAAAAAUAAAAUGAAUGUGACAGCUGGGGAACUACUUGGUAGAACACACGAGGAGUUAGUUUUAUUGUUAAUACAAUUGCGUAGACAGCAAGCUCAAACUUUUCAGGCUAUCGAGUCUUGUUACAAUGAAAUUGAGACACUACAGGUAAAUAUGCAUAACAAGGAUCAAAACAAACGAAUGGAAAAUUUGCAAAAAUUAGAGCGCAUUAAGCAAAAUUUAAUAGAACUAGAAAAGCAGUAUGAAAAAGGAAAGCCGUUGGUUAAUUUGGUCGACAAUAUGGUGAAAUUGGGUUCGCUCUAUCGCAUUCCAAUGGAACAAAGUAACGAAACAGCAAGACAUAUACGUGAUAGGAUAGAGUUUAAUCAACACGUGCAGGAAGAACGUUUACUUGCCGAAGAAAAACGAGAGUGGGAGAGAUUGGAAACUAGUCAGGCUCAACUUCAAGCGAAAGUGAAGCAGCUUUAUCAGCUCGAUAGCUUGAUUCAAGAGGAAUCGCGUAAUUUGCAUAAUCUACAGAGAGACAAGGAAGAUAUCGAGAGAGCUUUGGGCGGUUUAAGGUGUAGAUUAGUAAAGGGUUUUAAUAAUCCGGAAGAAAUAGAACAAGCCAGACGGCAACAAAUGGCACUGGAAAACGAACUAAGUCGGGUUCAUUUUAUGCUCGCGCAAAAUUCGAAGAAGCUUGAAGAGACUGUUGCAGGGAACGCCCGAUUGGAACAAGAGUUGCUUAUACUGAAGCAAAAGUUUCAGGUUUCCAAGCAGCCAAGAACUUCCCCACAUUUUUCCCAUCCAGGAGAUAGCCUGCCAUACAUGACAGAUAGCAACGUGGCGUUUGAAACUGAUUUGGAAAGAGUGCAGAAGAAAAUUGGCGAUCUUCAAAAGCAAAGGGAAGAGCUUCGCUUGCAAGUGCGUCAGCUAACGGAUAAAUCCAACAGUCCUCAUUUGCAUCAGAUGAAGCAACAUUCAUUUACGACAAAUCAGUUUAACUAUUCUAAAAAAAAACCAGUGUCCGUAUGGAGAGAAACAGAUCUGGACACCAUGAGUAACAUAGAUCACAGUUGUUAUAACUAUGCGAGCACACCUACAAAGCCGUUAUAUAUAAAUACAAAUACAAAAUCAACGGACGGCAGUGCCGAAUACGUAGACCCCAGCCAAAAGGCCGCUGAGUUGGGUAACGACGACACCUUACUUUCUUCCAAUAUGCUCGAACGUCCUGAAAUUAAAACCGUGCGUAUAGUAAAACGAGAAUCGGAACGUAGACAAAGGGAUCGAGAAAAAACAUUCACCGAAAAAUGCGACAUUCUCGCAGAAGAAGACGACAACUUGUUGACCAAACUAAUCCCCAGUCAGGCUCAAAAUUAUUUUUACGACCACCAUUCGCUGCCCACACCUUCGAAAUCCCAAAAGCAAAAAACUUCCGAGCUUUCGCCAGUUUUUAAAAGCGAAGCUGCCAAGCAAAUCAUCACGGAAAUGUCAAAAAAGGGUAGCGUACCGCAACGUAGGGCGGUUCCGAGGGAAAAACGCCGCCAUUACACCACCCCUCAUGAUCAGUUAGCUCCAUUUGGUAGCCUAGAAAGUAGAAGGGCUAGGGACGAUUUGGACAUCGAAAGGGCUUUGCGCCAGCGUAUCGACGCGCCAGAUAUCGUCCGAUCGACUUUAAGCAAUAAAGAACUGAAAUAUAACGAAAAUACGAUAGAUAGCAUUCUAAGUACGCCUAAUAAAAUUGUAAUUCCGGAGCGAUAUAUACCUGAACAGCUACCUCAGCCCUCGGCGGAAGAACAAGAACGCCGUAUGAAAAAAGUGGAGUCAAUUAAAAAAAUGCUGUCGGAUACAACGAUCAUCAGUAGCACCAUUACUACGGCAACCGAUGAUAGAAGCAAAAAACCAAGUCCUAUUAGCAAAACGGCUUCAAGCUCAAAUAUCGUAGAGGAAAAGAAGCAGAGAGAACAUUUAUUGCAGCUUAAUCAAAUUCUCGCUAAACAAGUGAUGGAAAUAAGUAAAGCUGUGGCAGCCAAAACCCUCGAAAAACUACCUCUUAUGAAACAGCCAAUAAGUACGGAAGAUGAGGACUCGUCACCUGUUGCACCUCUUCCUCUUUAUCAACAGCGGGAAAAUUUUUACAGUUGAAAGAAUAAUCCAGGUAGAUUUUAGUAUUAGUAUUAUCGUAUAGGAACGAAACGAAGUGUCAUGAUAUUUUAGGAUCGGAUGUUAUGAUAUAAAAACUCAAUACUAGCUUAAUUUGUGGUACUCUUUAAUUUCACUUUUUAUGAAGCAAUAUUUCUUCAAGCUUGGACUUUUUAAACGAUGUUUGGUUUAUUCCAAAUAUUCAUAAGCAAAAUUUUGAGAAGUGUAUAUUAUUAUUGUGUUAUAUGUAUGUAUGUACCUAAGUUUAAAGUACAAACUAGAAGAUCAUUUCUGUGUUAGAAGGUAUAUCCUUUACUGUUCAAAAAAUGAUAUUUGUUAAUUUAUAUUAAUUUAUUGUAAUAUAUGUCAUUUGGAAAUCAUCGAAGAUUAAUUUGUAAGUUUUAUAAAUAAUUUAUUUUAAAAAUUGUUUUAUUUUACAAGUGACGUUAAAUAAAAUCUUAAAAUGUUGAAAUUAUGCAGAAUUAACUGUGAUCCAAGCGCUCUAAAUAUUCUAUAUUUAUUUUUCAAAUAAAUUACAUCUAUCAAUUGCUCGUCAUUUUACCCACUUAAAAAAUUAUUUAGCUGAUGCUACUUUCUCGAUUGUUGCUCACUAAAUAAUUUCCUUUAAUAUACUAGUGUUUAUAUUUGAUAGAUAGAUUUAUUAUACGCGUAUGUUAAAGCAACUCUGUAUAAAUGUUGUAUAAAAUAGUAUUAUUAUCAAUCAUCAACUUAGACUGAUUGUAAAUAACGUGUAUGGUUUAGAUUGAUUGUUGUUGACAUUCAACAUAAUUUUGUUUGCAUAAAUAUAAAAAAAAACAUUCUAAAAAGGGAGAUUUUUGUUUAACGCUCAAAUUCUCAAUGUUAUUUAGCCUCUACUUGUAUUUCGGGCGACAUAUUGUAAAAUUAUUAUUUUAUCUUGUUCCCUAAUAAUAUGUACCAUUG